AUGGGCGACUGGAUCGAGGCCGUCGAUCCGACGCACCAGCAGCCCUACUGGUACAGCCCGAGCCUCAACGAGUCGACCUGGGAGCGGCCGGCGCUGGCGCUGCACUGGACGGCGCAGAUCGACGACGCGGGCCAUACGUAUUAUUACCACGUCGAGACGGGCGAGUCGCGCUGGGAGCCGCCCUACGCCCUCACGGUGCCCGCGCCCGAGCCGGACCCGGAGCAGGAGGUGCCCGCGCCCGAGGUGUUCUCGGAGCCCGAGGCGCCGCCGGCCGCGCCGCCCGCCGAGGAGGACUUCGGGCGCGGCGCGCCGCCGCCCGCGCCGGUCGGAGGCGAGUUCUUGGUCAACGAGGAAGACAUCGCCGUCGACAUCACGCAGCGGAGCGGCGCCUUCGGCGGCCGCGUCGCCGAGGGCCGCUCGGUCUUGGUCGACGAGGAAGACGUCGCCGUCGACGUCACGCAGCGGAGCGGCGCCUUCGGCGGCCGCGUCGCCGAGGACCACUCCGCGUUCCGCGGCUACCGCGCGGAGCCGCGGCCCGACCCGGAGCCCGAGCCCGAGCCCGCGCCCGCGACGAUCGAGCGCGCGGCCCGCGGCGGCGUCGAGCUCGGCGACGUCGCGCCGGCGCCGCCCGAGCGCCGCCGGUCGCUCGUCGACGCCGCGCACCCGCACCUGAACCCGACGCAGCUCGACCACCUCGACCUCGACCCGUCGAUCCGUCGGACGACAAAGGGCAAGGCCUUCACGAAGCCGAAGCAGGUCUACUGCCACCUCUGCGGCCGCGAGUUCGGCACGGCGUCGCUCAGGAUCCACGCCAAGGCGUGCCUGCGCAAGCUCGAGGCGACGCAACGCGACCUUCCAAAAGCUCGGCGGACGCGGCCGCCGCGGCCGCCCGACGAGGACCUCUUCCCGCUGCCUACAAGCAGCGACGGCGAGGUCGAGUUCUUCGCCUACAACGUCGAGGCGCUGCGCAUCUUCGGCGAGAUCUCCGGCGACGCGAGCCGCCUGCGGGCGCUGCUCGCCGAGUCCGAGGGGCGGAAACGGGACGAGGACGCCGAGGAGCGCGCGCGGGAGGACGCCGAGGCCGAGCGGCGGCGCGGCGAAGCUCUGGAGGCCGAGGCCCGGCGCCGGGCCGCGUUGGACGCCGAGGCCGAGGCCGAGGCCGAGGCCGCGCGCCUCGACGACCUCGCGCUCGAACGGGCCCGCCGGGAGCGCGCGUUCCUCGACGCGGAGCGCGAGCGCUUGGAGGAGGAGGCCGCGCGGCGCGCGGCCGCCGAGGCCGCGGCCGUCGCCGCCGCCGCGCGCGACCUCCAGCGCGACAUGGCCGCGGCCGCGCAGCGGCGCGAGGCCGACCGCGACCGCGCGGAGGCCGAGAAACUCCUCGAGGAGGCCGCCGCGCUGCGCCGCGACAACGAGGCCGAGGCCGCGCGGCUCAAGGCCGAGGACGACCGACAGAAACGAGCGGCGGCGGCGCGGCGCGCGGCGGACGCGCGGCUCCGCGAGGAGGGCCGGCGCGAGGCGGACCGGCUCGAGGCCGAGCGCUUGCUCCUCGAGGAGGAGCGGGACCGCGCGGCCGUCGCCGCGCGAACGCGCGAGGCCAAGGCCGCGGCGGACGAGGACCGCGCGGCGGCGGCGACGGCGGCGGCCGCCGCGAUCCGGGACGCGGCGGACCGCGAGCGCCUGCGCCUCGAGGGCGAGCGCGAGGCCGAGCGCCUGCGGCUCGCGUCGCUGCGCGUCGCCACGGACGAGGAGGCGCGCCUGGGCGGCUGCGCGUCGCCGGAGUCCCGCGCGGCGGAGGCCGCGCGCCGCGCGCGCGUGGAGCGCAUGCGCGACCGGGGCUACCGCCCGCUCCGCAAGGGCGACGGCCGCCGCGCGGCCGAGAACGGGAAGCUCGCGGAGGAGCUCCGCCACGAGGCCGAGGCGAACAAGACGACGCGCCGCGCGCGCGAGUCGAUCCUGCGCCACAAGGAGAUCAUCGCGGGCCUCGACGCCGAGGCGCGCGACCUGCACUACCGCGAGUGGGACCCGCAGUCCCACGUCGACACGACGUGGGCCAAGUCCUACGCGCGCUAA